UAUGGCACAGAUAAGCAGCUGGUUUAUAGGAAUUUUAUUCUUUUCAUCUUUAUGUUACGUUUCUUAUGGUGGUACCUGUUCAAGACGGAAAGCCGUAUGGUAUACAGUAAGCGUGUGCACUCAUAGUUGUUGGUGGUGGUGUUGCGGGCGUAGAAAUGUUUGGAGAGUUUACUAUACAUAUGAAAGUUACUGCUGUCCUGGAUGGAAGGGAUAUUAUUGUAACACACCUAUUUGUAGCCCGUCGUGUCGGAAUGGCGGUAGAUGUACCAGCCCGUUUAAAUGUUCUUGUCCUAGUGGUUAUACAGGAGAUAUAUGUUCAGGCUUAUCUGAUUGCUCUUACAACAAACCUUGUUAUCCAGGAAGGUGUUAUGGCGGUAGUGGGUGUAGUUGCACUAAUGGAUUCGGUGGCAGAAGUUGUUUAGAACUAAAGAGCAAAAAGUUUAAACCACUAAUUGAGAGGAUUAAUUCAACUUUCACUUACCACAGUUUUACAAACAAUAAAGAUGUUUACGACUACAUGGCCGAUGCGACAAAUAGAACUGAUGGUGAUGUUGUGUGGACAAAUCAAAAUAAAUUCAACCAAUUAGAAUUUGAUCUGGAAGCCUACGUAGAUACUAAAACUGUUUUUCCUGACAAUCCACCUGUACCUACAUACAUAAUAGAAACCAAAUUGGGUAUUGUAGCUGCAAGUGUUAAAAUCAUUCAUGAAAAACUGAGAAGAGGUGGGAUAUAUACAGCAAAGGAAGAGACCUUUUCUUGUCCAGGUGUAUCAACUGGGAAACCCAUCAGUGACAAUCGUUUGAAGUGCUACAAAAAAGAAUCAUAUAUAAUUCAGUUUGACUCUGGAGACAGGUAUAAAUUAAAAUAUUCAAUAACAACUGGUGGAUAUAGGAAGCUUAGAAACACCAAUUAUGGGAGUUAUUUGAGAACGGAAACGUACUCUGGUAUAAGCGAAGAAAACUCCAUGGAAUUCUGGUUUGACUAUGAUGAACCAAACCAUUGCAUAGAAAAGGACAAUUGUACUUCAAAUGAAAUUCCAUUGCAGUUGCAAGAUAUAACUAAGUCACCAAUUUCACCAAAAUGGUCUGGAUGGUUUGACAAGCUAUCGGGGAUAGGAAAAUAUGUCAUAGAAAUUUGGAAAAUGGAGUAUAGCAUCGAUUAUACAGGUUUAAGAGAACCAGAUAUAACAACAAACUUCAAUCCAGUUCCGGAUUAUAUAAAGGAAAUACUUCCUGAGAACCCCAUAAAGUUUCCUACGUACAAACCAAUAGAUCCAGGUGUUUAUUCUGUUAUUAUAGAAGUUAAUGAUAGAGCGAAUAAUUCUAAAUAUGCCAGAAGAUUUGUCAUUUAUGACAACACGUCAAAAAUAAUUACCAGUGAAAUUCAUCGCUUGUAUGCAACUUCUGCAUCCAAUGAAACGCAUUUCUUUUGGAUGACGAAGUUUAGUCCACACAUUGAUGUGUCAUGGACUAAUCAUUUUUUAAACAACGUGCACGAAAAGGGUCAUUUUCUGACCAAGAUUUUAGACUAUACACCAAGACUGAGUGAUAAUAUAAGUAGAGUCGAUUACAAGAAAAUCCUACCGAUAUUUGAUGACACUGAGGGCGUCAGAAAUAAAACGGCUAUUAAAAACAUAAACUCCAUUGUACGAUUUGAAACCAGGCAUGGAAAAGUCAGCACAGAUAUACCACAAAACGGAUGGGUUCCCGUUAUUCCUCUUCGGGAAAAUUUUACCUUUAAGCUAGAUGGAAUUGAUAUAGAAGAUGGAGAUUCUCACCAAUUUUGGGUUCGAGCAUUUGAUAUCAUGGGUAAUACAAAAGUGGACUCUACCGUUAUUCAUUUUGAUAGCAGUGAACCUUUUGUAUACGAACCAAUGAUAGAUCUUAACAUAAAAGAUGGAAAGUAUCCUUUCUCUAGCAGUGUUGUUGUGUCUGCCAAGGAUGAACACAGUGGUAUAAAGAAAGUGUCAUUUAAAUUCAAAGUAAACAAAACAGAGGAGGUCAGAAGCGAGCAUACGUUUGACAUACAAACAAAGACACGAGAAUACUGCGAAAAACUACCAAAAGAGUGUUACUGUGUUCGGAUGGAUGAUUGUUUCAUGAUAGACACACAACUUGAAAUUAACAAUUGUUGGAUGAAAGUUCCAAUUGGUGACAUUGCAAAUGAUGUUUAUUUACUUGAAGUUUCGGUGUUUAACUCUGCAAUGCUUCAAUCAAGCAUUACAAAAAAGAUUGGAAUGGUUAAAAACAUUAAUGGUGUUCAAGACUAUUUCAGUCCUUCGAAUAUAACCGUUUUAAAAGCAACAGGUACCAGUGUCAGCAUUCAAUGGAUUCAAGCCCCAACAUGUUAUGAAAGGGCAGGGAUAUCGAUUAUUCUUGUGCGUCCAGAUAAUUCGACAAAGGUUUUUAAGGUUCAUAAAGAGGCAACAACAUUUGACCUAACAGGCUUAUCAGCAACAACGUCAUACUGGUUUAACAUGACAACCAAUUACGGAAAUGAUACUCACUUUGUCAGCAGUUCUGUUCCGACAAAAUUUUCAUUUGUUACUACCGAAGAAGAUCUUGGACUAUCGGGCGGUGGAGUUGGUGGACUAGUAACAGGCUUUCUUAUAAUCCUGAUUGCUGUUAUUGCCGUGCUAGUCUUUCUUGGAAGAACAGGUAGAUUACAGCCUGCUAAACAACAAGUUACUGCAGGUAUACGCACAAUUCGAAAUACCAUAAGAGUACGUGGUACAAGUAGUGGGCUGAAUAACCGUGCUUUUAUUUCAAAAGAAGAUGAUGACAUAUAUUUCUACGGUGGUAUGGAUACCAAAGGAGAGAAAUCUUGGGUUUUGUCUAGAAAGGAUGUUUCUUUAGAAUCAGAGCUUACACAGGGACGAUUUGCAAUCAUAUAUUUAGCACAAUACUAUACACAUCAAGAAGCUAAAACAGUUGUUGCUAAAACCCUGAAAGAUGACCAGAAUGAGGAAAAUGUGGUAAAAAUGAGAGCGAAGAUAAAUUUUUAUGCGACAAAAGUGGGACAUCACAAAAAUAUCUUGGAUUUCAUCGGAUCAGUUGAAGAUGAUGUCCGUGGUCCAAUGAUGAUUCUAGAAUAUUGUUCGAAAGGAGUGUUGAAAGAAUUUCUUGAGUCUGCUAGAUUAAAUGUUACGGUAGAAUUAGAGGAGAGAUUGUUCCGAAUGGCGUUUGGUAUUUGUAACGGAAUGGAUUAUUUGGCCUCUAACAAAGUAGUACACAGACGACUUGCUGUACGUAAUGUGUUACUCAAUGAUCUGCAUGAACCGAAACUUACUGGAUUUGGUCCUGAUCCAGAAGCAAAUCUAGAGGAAGAUGCGAAAAACACUGAAAGAGUACCGGUCAAAUGGAUGGCCCCAGAGUGUAUGAAAACCACAGCAUACGCAAAUGAAUUGAGUGAUGUUUGGUCCUUUGGCAUCGUUAUGUGGGAAAUAUUUUCUCUCGGUGAGACUCCGUAUCCAGGUGUGCAAAGUAGAGAUGUUCCGGGUAUGGUCAAACGUGGCUAUAAAAUGAAGAAACCAGAGCAUUGCGAUGAUGUGUUCUACAAAAUCAUGCUGAAGUGUUGGCACUAUGAUCCUCGUAAGCGAGCUGGAUUUUCUCAGAUCAAGGAGGAAUUGAAUAACCUAUUUACAGAAGCGCCUGGUGAUGACUACUACUACAGAACAAAUGAAUUAUGAUUUGAUGUUGCUUUGCGUUUAAUACACUAUAUAGCUUUAAAUCCAAACUUUAAAUUAGUAGACAAGAUAUGACCCUUAUUAACAAAAACAAAAAUUUUACAUAUUAUUUUCCCAUUUUUGUAUUGCUUAUGCAAGGUGAAAGUCCGUAACUAGUAAUCUUACUGAGGAUUUACCUUUCCCCAUUUUGACCAUGGACUGCGAUAUUAUUUCUUUAUUCAAUAGCUUUUAUAAUUUUCUUUUUUCAGUGUCCAAAAAACUGAAUUUAAAUAGUAUUGUUUUGCUUGAAGUAUAAUUGCUUAAAUAAAAUAUUUUCUACUUUA